AUGGUACAUGCGCCGAGGUGGGGUCGUCGAGAACCAUGGUGGAAGAGACGAGAAAGGGAAGAGGCGGGGGAGGCGACGACGUGGUCCGCGCUCGCGCCGCGCGGUGCAGCGAGACCGGUCGGCGACGGCGGCGGCGGCGAGGGCGGCGGCGGGGGCGUGCGGGCAGCGGGCGCCGGGGUGGGGGGCGGCGGCGCAGCGCGCGGUGCCCGCCGCCGCGCGGCUCAGUCAGUCCCGCGCGACGCGGACCGGUGCGUUCUUGCUUUCCCCUUGGGUACUCCACCCCCGGCCAGUCAGUCAGUCCCUGAUCGCUCCGCCGCCCGCCGCCGCCACCGCCCAUGCCGCUCCCGCUCGCCCGCCGCCGCGCCGCCCGCCGUGUCCGCGCCCGCGCGCGCGCUGCUGGCCGCCGCGCUGCUGACCGCCGCCGCGCUGGUGCGUCCCGCCGCCGGCGGCAGCUGCCGUGAGGCCAAGCUCUGCUGCCCCGGUCGCGACUCCUCGUGCGUCGUGCAGAAGGCGCCCAUUAACGCCAUCAUCGAGGACCUCAGCGACAAGCCCUGCUACUGCGACCACGCCUGCCUCAAGCUCGGCGAUUGCUGCCCCGAUUUCAAGGACGCCUGCGGAGUGCAGUUUGCAUUGCUUAGAGAUCAGGCACUUGAUUUUAACGACUUGCCUUCGUACCCGUCAUGCUUGAUUGUACAAGUGAUGACGAACUUGGCGCCUGUGACGCACCUGGCAGAAGGAUUGACUACGGAUGAAUUUUGA